ACUGUCCUAUGAGAUUGCAUAACCCCUAACCCUCUGUCUGGACAGUGGUGAUUGGCCCUGUGCUGAUCACGUGCACUCUCCCAAGAAAAAGAAAAAAACUCUCUAGCAAUACACACCAAACUGAGCAUGUGCAGAGUGCCGAUGAUAUGUUCUAUCAGGAGAUGAAAUGGGGAACAGAAAACAGGAUCAAACAUCCUUUUUACACAAUGCAAAGGGUUAGGUUCCACAGUGAGUAUAACAAGUAUGCUUACUGCAUGUACAGACUGAUCUUACUGUUGUGGGUUUAG